AUGAUUAGUAUAUGCCUUGAAUUGUGUUUGGAAUUUAUCGGUCUAGUUGAAUCAGGUGAGUUUUAUGUACUCUCUAUUGGUGGAAUGUCGUCGUCAUCAACAUCAUCAGAACAACAAGAAGAUUUAAACCCUACAUCUAGCAAGAUUACAGUGUUUAAUGUGUCUGGGUCGACUGCUGGUAGCAGCAGUGGAGACUUUCAUAUAUACAGAACGCAACGAAGAAAGGAAAUAGAUAGACUUGAAACAAUGGAAAAAGAAAGUCAAUUGGAUCAAGAAAAUAGAGAGUUUUUAACUAGAAGAGAAGAAACAAAAAAAGUAGAGGAACAAAAGGUUAAAAGAAAGGCAGAACAAAGAAAGAAGAAAAAACAAAAUAGAACUCAUGCUCAAAUAAGAAAGAAAUUAAACGAACAAUUGGAAGCAACAACAAUAACAACAACAACAACAAAAAAUAAUGAAAACGAUGACGAUGAUGAAGAUGAAAAGGAAAAUAAGAAAGACGAUUAA